AUGGGAAUUGUUUGUGUUCUCGUCUGCGCCUGCGUCAACUGGGUUUUGUGUCGUCAUUAUUUGGGAGAAAUAAACAAAGUCCCCACACUCCUUUUUAUCUUCUUUAUUCAUCUUGAAACCUCUUCCUUCUUGACUACUACUACUUCUUCAUAUUUCUAUCUCUCUCUCUCUCUCUUACUGCCCCUAAUUUCAAUAAUUUAUACAACUCUCUUUCUCACUGCUAUCGUCUCUUGCUGUUUUUCGCUAUUUACACUCUUUCUCCUCUUAUCAGAUUUGUUUGUAUUCUUUAUUUAUUUCAAUGUUUGUCUGUUUCUGCAAUCGUUCCCUCCUUUUUCUUCUCCUUUUUACCGCCUCUCAUAUCGGACAAGUCUUCUUUAUUUUCCUUAUAUAAACGGUUUCUUUCUUUUUGAUUUCUUAACUUUCGACAUAUCAAAGUUUUAUUCCCCCACCCAGCCUCUCACUAUCCAUCUAGGUCAGUUAUUUCAUAUCUAUCUAUCUAUCUAUCUAUCUAUCUAUCUAUCUAUCUAUCUAUCUAUCUAUCUAUCUAAAUCUUUAUAUUCUCAGUCUAUCUAUCUAUCUAUCUAUCUAUCUAUCUAUCUAUCUAUCUAUCUAUCUAUCUAUCUAAAUCUUUAUAUUCUCACCUUUCUUUCUUUCUUUCUUUCUUUCUUUCUUUCUUUCUUUCUUUCUUUCUUUCUUUCUUUCUUUCUAAAUCGGUAUAUUCCCAGUCUUUCUUACUAUCUAUCUAUCUAUCUAUCUAUCUAUCUAUCUAUCUAUCUAUCUGUCAGCCUUUUCAUAUCUACAUCAUUCUUCUCAUAUCUAUCUAUCUUCUAUCUAUCUAUCUAUCUAUCUAUCUAUCUAUCUAUCUAUCUAUCUAUCUAUCUCAAUCGGUAUAUUCUCAGUCUUUCUUUCUUUCUUUCUUUCUAUCUAUCUAUCUAUCUAUCUAUCUAUCUAUCUAUCUAUCUAUCUAAAUCUUUAUAUACUCUCUCUCUCUCUCUCUCUAUCUAUCUAUCUAAAUCUUUAUAUUCUCAUUGUAUCUAUCUAUCUAUCUAUCUAUCUCAAUCGGUAUAUUCUGUCUUUCUUUUUUUCUUUCUUUCUUUCUAUCUAUGCCAUUUUUCAUUCCUUACCAUUUGUUUUCCUUCGAUUCUUUCUUUGCUUUUCUUUCUAAAACUUUCUAUCGCCCCGCUUUUUUUUAAUUUUCUUUUUUCAGCAAUUUUUUUUUCUUAUUCCGCUACAUUUUCUUCUUCUUUUGCGCCCUCCCCUUUACCAAUCCCCCUCCCUCUCUCUCUCUCUCUCUUUCUCUCCCUUGACUUCAUUAACUCACUUCUCCUUUGUAAUCCUGUUCUCUCCUCACUUUCCACCCUCUUCCAUUUCCCUCUACUUCCUUAUUCUCCUCUUUCUCCCAUUUCCUCUUCGUUGGCCUCCAACCGCGGAAAAGCCGUCUUCUGUCGACGAUUUGUUGGAGAAAUGCGUUCAUGGUUGUAG